AUGGCUACUAUAAAGCAGAUUGAUGGACGCACGGUUCAUCAAAUCCAGUCCGGGCAGGUUAUCGUUGAUCUUUGCUCUGUUGUUAAAGAACUGGUGGAGAACAGCGUUGAUUCAGGCGCAACAAGCAUAGAUGUUCGCUUCAAGAAUCAAGGACUUGAUCUCAUCGAGGUGGCCGACAAUGGAUCUGGCAUUGCCCCUGACAACUAUCCUUCAGUGGCUCUCAAACACCACACCUCAAAGCUUUCAUCGUACUCUGAUAUAGCCACAUUGGAGACGUUUGGGUUCCGUGGCGAAGCUUUGGCUUCCUUGUGUGCUCUGUCCACUGUUAGCAUCACGACUUGUCAGCAAGGCGAGGCUCCUAAGGGGACCAAACUCAGCUUCGACCCGUCUGGAAAGCUAAGCGGGACAGCUGUGGUUGCAGCCUCAAAAGGCACCACCGUCUCUGUUGAGAGUCUAUUUCACAACUUACCUGUUCGUCGUCGUGAACUUGAACGUAACAUCAAACGAGAAUGGAACAAAGUAAUCGCUCUCCUUAACCAGUAUGCCUGUAUCCAAACCAACAUGAAGUUCUCUGUAUCUCAGCAACCUUCAAAGGGAAAGAGAGUGCAGAUGUUUUCAACAAAGGGUAACCCUACAACGAGGGAAAACAUCAUCAAUAUCUUUGGAGCAAAAACCAUGACGGUUCUGGUACCGCUCGACUUAUGUCUCGAGAUGCAACCUUCUACUGUCAGUCCGGCUCUACGAGUUGAAUCUGACAAUGAUUCUACAUCCAAAGAAGUCCGUGUUGUGGGCCACGUUUCCCGACCUUCUCAUGGAGAUGGGCGCCAAACCCCAGAUCGCCAAAUGUUCUUCGUGAACGGCAGGCCCUGUGGCUUACCCCAGUUUGCAAAAGCAUUCAACGAAGUGUACAAAUCUUACAAUAACACGCAAACACCUUUUAUUCUAGCUGAUAUUCAGCUCGAUACCCACAUGUACGAUGUCAAUGUCAGUCCUGAUAAAAGAAGUAUAUUGUUACAUGAUCAAAAUCAACUCCUUGAUAACCUGCGCACUUCACUCACGGAUCUCUUCGAUUCCCAAGACUACACGGUCCCUACAUCUCAGCUUAUGCCAUUCAAGAGUCGUACUGAGACGACACCAAGCGUCAACACACCUUUCAAACCCCUUCAUGUCACUCCUAGAAAGGCGCCUGAUAAUUCACAUUCCAAUCGUGGAUCGGAUGAUGAGAAUAGCAGUGAAGACACACCACCAUCAAGGGUGCCUUCUGGUGCUGCAAGAAGGGUUGGCGCUUCAAGGUCAUUGGAAAUAAAUGCCAGUAGUCAGAAUCUUAUCAGUGGGUGGAUUGAGAGGAAGUCGACCAAGAGGUCAGAAAGCCGAGGCUACCAAGCACCGAAUGUAGCAGAUGCAACUCCUUCUGCCAUACGAGGUGAACCGAGCCUAUUUGUCAGGAGUCCUUCACCACCAUCAGAACCUGAUGAAAAUGAUAUCAAAAAAUCACUGCCUGUUCGAGAUUUCAACAAACAGCUCAAAGCAAAAUCUGUCAUCAAAGAUAAUUCUUCUGUUGCACCAGCCAUUCCUGCUAUUUUGGCUGAGAGAGAACCUCAGAUACCUGCAACGACACCUUUGAGACGAGAGCAACCCGAGACUACACAUACUAGUCCGAGCAAAACGCCCCGGACCAGGACGAUACCAGAGACGACUGUCAUCAUAGGAGAUGAAGUAUUGGAAACGGUCGCAAAUAACACUGAUGACGAAGAUGAACAAGCAGGUGUUGCUACUGACGACGAUAUGGAGGUUGACGACCCAAAGCCCUCUUUCGGGAGUACUUUGACGCAAAGAUUUGCAGCUGGGCGUAGAAAGACAGACACGGAGAAGCCUUCCAUCAAAGAAACGGGUGCCAAUGUGUCUGACGAUUCGAUAGCCUCGGAAUCUGAUAGCGAAGAAGCAGACAGUGACAUUUCUACCACAGGUGCAGAUGAAGAUAAGAAUACUGUUCCCGAAGUAACUAUGCCACGACCCGACGAUCAGGCAACGGAAGAACCAAGAGCACAGAAUGUUUCGCCGGAUAGUACUCCAUCCCCAAAACCAGACGCAACUGCCAUCAUGGACCACAGGAUUCAAGCUUCCAAGUCUAGUGUACGAAAGAAGGAUUCCACGGCUCAGCUUCUCCAGACUUUACAGACGAGCGAGAGCCUCAUAAAAUCAGAGUUGAAAUCUUGGGCAAACGGUCUUCCCUCGGAUGGAGACGUCGAGGGUGACGAGGAUGAGGUGACGGAUCUUGCUGCUGCUAAUGCGGAAGACAAGCUGUCUCUCACCAUAGCUCGCAAAGACUUCUUGAGAAUGAGAAUAGCGGGCCAAUUUAAUAUGGGCUUUAUCAUUGCAAGCCGUCCAGCGAGUGUGAGGCCGGGCGAAGAACUCGAAGCCGCCGAUAACGAUGAGUUGUUUAUCAUUGACCAGCAUGCAACGGAUGAGAAGUACAAUUUUGAGAGACUGCAAGAGAUCCAAACAGUACAAUCUCAGCGGCUGGUUCACCCCAAAAGGCUCGAGUUGACAGCUCUUGAGGAAGAGAUUGUAUUACAGAAUAUCCCUGCAAUCGAGGCCAACGGGUUCAAAGUACAUGUGGACAUGAGUGGAGAUGAACCCGUGGGCUCACGUUGCGAAGUGCUUGCCCUCCCCAUGAGCCGCGAGGUAACCUUCUCACUCGCUGACUUCGAGGAGCUCAUAGCAUUGCUUGGUGAAGAAUCGUCAGAGUCAAGGCAUAUUCCUCGCCCAUCCAAGCUUUAA